UUUUUGCCUGUAGCAGAACAUCUUGGCAUUUUCACUCCUGUCCAGAGUUUUUCACCCGUGUCAGAUUUACUUGUAUAAUUUGGCAUAUUUCAAGGUAAGUUACUUGAAUAAUGACCCGGCAAACUGCAUAUGAGGCCUUGGUGAAGGGAAUCCAAGAGUUUGAUUUUACUGGUCCUGAUACCCCUUGUGAUUUGAUCCUGGCAGACCAUGCUAUCCCAUUGGCAAUUAAUAAAAAAGGUCAGGUGCUAAUUGCUGCAUCUCAGUAUGGCAAAGGCCGACUGGUGGUACUGACACAUGAAGCUUAUGUGUCUGACCCCAAGUUUUCCCAGUUUGUUCAGAAUGCAAUUACAUGGCUAAAACCGCAACCUGAUGCACUGGUUGGAGUCUCUAAGACCCUCACCGAAAUGUUCAAGUCUCUUUCGUGCAAAGAUGGUCAGGUUGUAAGUGAAGAGUUUAGAGGAGACAUGGGUGUGUACUGCCUCAAGGCUUCUGACAUUGGAGAUGAUAAGCAGCUCAUUGAGUUUUUAAAGAAAGGAGGUGGCCUGCUUAUCGCUGGCCAGGCAUGGGAGUGGUCAGAGCAACAGCACAAAGAUGUCUUCUAUGACUAUCCUGGGAAUAAAGUCACAAGUGUAGCCAGUGUCUAUUUUAAUGGAAGCAAAGGAGAAAAAGAAGUCUGCCCCGUCACCGAAGACAUUCCUCGGUCUUGGCGUUCACUUGUAAACUCGGAGUUCCACAGGCUUCCCAAAACUAACAUGGCAAAACCAAUAAAAGACCGGCUUCUUAUUGAUUUUGCACCAGCCCUCUAUAAUGUAAUUCCCAACCCGCAAAAAUUGCUCCCGAUCAUCAUUCCUAAUAUUCCUGUGCUGCCUACAUUGUCAUCAGUAAGUGUGGAAGUGGAAGGGACAAACAAAGGUGGAGAGGCAUGGAGAAGUACUGGAAUGUAUAUUUCUCCUGGAGAAUCGACGACUCUUGAGUUCCCCACAGAAGUGCUUGGAUUAGGCUGGCAGGUGCAAAUUGGGUGUCACUCAGACAAUUUGGAGGAAUGGGAUGAUCUUUGUCGUGCUGCUGUGGUAAUAAGAAGAUUCAGGGUGAAUGCAAAACGCGUAUCUGUUUCUAAUCUGUGGGGUGGCCUGAUCUACAUAAUUAUUCCCGAAGGAUGCCAGAUUGGAACAGUUAAUGUAACGAUUGAAAAUGCAGUAUCAGCUCCUUAUUUUGUUUUUGGAAAAAGCAGUAAUGCCAAGUGGACUGACAGCAUUCGGAACCAUCCAGCACCCUGGGCUGAGCUUGAGGCCAAUAAUAUCAUCCUAACAGUACCAUCUGAUAGCAUUCGCACAUUGGACGAUCCUGAAUCCCUUCUGGGGCUCUGGAAUGACUUGAUGAAGAGUAUCACCGAAUUGGCAGCAAUCCCAGAAACAUUUCCUCGAAAAGAAAGGAUCGUAGCAGAUGUCCAGAUAUCUGCUGGUUGGAUGCAUGCUGGUUACCCUAUCAUGAUUCAUUUGCCUUCACUGAAGUCUAUUAUAGAUGAAAAGGUUAUGAGAAAAGAAGGCCUAUGGGGCCCCAUUCAUGAAUUAGGCCACAAUCAGCAACAGGAUGGCUGGGAGUUCCGCCCUUACACCAAAGAAGCAACCUGCAACCUGUGGUCUGUCUAUGUUAAUGAAAAAGUCUUGAACAUUUCACGGGAGUUAGCUGCAGGUGACUAUACAAUGGCAUACCGUGAAGGAGUUAUAAAAGCCUAUCUGGGAAAAGGAGCCAAACUUGAAAACUGGACAACUUGGACUUGUUUGGAGACAUACAUGCAGCUGCAGGAGGCAUUUGGCUGGGAACCCUACAUUCAGCUGUUUUCUGACUAUCAGAAAAUAACCGACAUAAGUUCUGAUGUCACUGUCAAAAUGAAUAUGUGGGUAGAAAGGUUUUCCAACCAGGUGAAGAAGAAUCUGGUUCCUUUCUUCAAAGCUUGGGGCUUUCCCAUUACAGAGGAAGUUAGUGCCAAGCUGACUUCAUUACCUGAAUGGGAAGAAAAUCCUAUGAAAAAGUAUCUGAAAACAGCCUAAUAUCUAGGAAGAAUGCACACACCUAAAACAUGUUC